AUGCCUGCAACUCGGCGUGCUCCCAUAAAAUGGGACGACUGGAAGGACAAGGUGAUGCUGCUGGCAGUAUUCGAGCAGAUGAACAUGACCUCUCCUGACUUCAAACGUCUCUCCAAAGUGAUGUGUGGAGAUUACAGUGCGGACGCUUUGAAAAACCGCUUCAAGACGCUCAACAAAGAAGCUGCAGCUAUCUUGCGUGAUCGCCAGCGCCAUGCCGAAUCACCAGAAACGACAGGCGAGAUACUUCCCAUGAUGUCCGGGGCCGUGAACGGUUCAGACGAUAACGAUGUACUCGUUGUCCGAGAAGUUGCACUACGAAGCGAGCUUACGCCCCCUCCAAGCGAGCCAUCCCCGAGCAUGCAAUCAAGACGCCGUCCUCCACAGACACAGAGAGUCAUACCGGAAGCUAUCACGCCAAAUUCUCAGCCGUCCAGCAUAGGUCGCCACACCCAGAGCAACAGCGUACAAUAUCAGCACCACUCGAGUUUGAACUACAAGUCAAGUGUGCCGCGGCAUCCUGCUGGCCGUCCCCAGUGCUCUCACGAAGCAACCUCCUCAGCUCGCCCGUACAGUCAUCCUCAUAAUUCUCCUCACAUAGGAUCAUGCGGACGUGGUUUUCCUCCCAGACAGCAGGAUCAGAGGUGGGAUCAGAGCCACAAGGCUAAGAAGACUGGUGGAAGACCUUUCAAGCCGCGAAAUCAAAAUAACCGUCAGCGCAAUAUUCCCCAGAUGACCCGAGUCGAAAUCAACCAUGGACCUGUACAUACCAGGUUUUAA